AAAAAAACAAUUGCUUCCGUUGUGGGGCAGCAAAGUUGCGUCCAAUUAUGGAGUCGCCUACAUUUUAUCAAGUAGCCAAGGAUUUUCAGGUCACAGGCAUUUCAAGGAGUGGACGCGUACGCAAAAAGUCGUCGAAACUGUUAGACUUCGAAUCACCGGAGGAGGUUGAGAAGAAGGCAAGACGCGGCCAAGGAAGACCGCCAACCCGGUAUCCAGGUCGAGGGCGCCCACCUAACGCCCUGAGGGAACGCGAGGCAGAACUGGAGCGGGCACUCGAUAGCGAAAUGCUCUUUGAUGAUCACAAUCUAUCCGAGACAGAAUUACACAUACCCGCCCCGACAAUGGGCAUCGUGCUGAUGAACUCCGACGACGAGCUGGACAACCUGGUGCAGGAUCUGGUCGACAGCGUCGAAGCUGAGGCCAGCAAUAACGAUUCCACCAUGCGUCAGAGUCUCUACAUGCGCGAAAAGACCAACAACCGCAAGAUACUCAAGGCUGGCAAAGUGGUCACCGGGAAGCCGUAUCGCAAGGACAAGGGAAAGACGCGUUACACAGCCUACAGCCUGUGGGCGCGAGAGAUUCGCAAGCGGGACUUCCAGGAUCUGGACUUUUCCAAUGCCGCCAGACGCCUCAGCGAGCUGUGGGCGAAUGUUUCAAAUAGGGAGAAAAUUGCCUGGCGACGGAAGGCAAAGGUCCAGUCCACAAAGGCCCGGGCACGCGAGAAGAACGGUCUUCCGCCCCUGCCCACAGCCAACAAUGGGAGCACUGUCGCCCCAGAGGCACCAGUUCCCGAGGGGAACUUCGUAAACCGUGCAACGACAAGCCGCACCAGGAAACUGGCCGCCGAUCGACUGGAGUCAGCGACUACAGCGCCAUCAACUCCGACAUCGACAGCGACUAGUGGACCGAGGCGCAACACCACCCGCAGCUGCAGAGGCCGUCUGCCAUCGGCUACCAUAAGAUCUUCCGCAGGGAAAAAGCCCACGGCAUUGCUGCACUCGCCGUCGGACACAGAGCUGUCGCCGGGAACGGGCACGGGGAGCCAGCGCGAGUAUCAGCUGCCGUCGGAGAAAUCUAAUAUCGGAGCCAUCGACGCGGCGGCCCACUUAAAGCUGCUCGGCGAGAGCCUCACGGUGAUCGGGGAGCGUCUCAAGAAGCACAACGGCCACGUGGCUCUCUCGGGCAGCCUCUCCGUGCUGCUGGACAGCCUGCUCUGCUCCAUGGGACCGCUUCUCUGCAUGACCACGCAGAUACCGGGCCUGGAGAACAAGCCUCAGCUGCGUAACAAUCUGGCCAACACGCUGGACAACAUUGCAUACGUGAUGCCAGGACUCUGAAUGCAACACAAAAGCACACACACACAAUACACACAGUACACUUCCAGCCAACCAAUCUUCCACAUGGCCAACAGAGCGUCAAGAAUGGAAGCGGGGAGAUCUGUAUCAUCAUGGACUGAGCUUCGAGGGAGUGGCAAACGGCAAAGUGUAUACAUAUUUAUGUAAAUUAAGUAUUAGGUGAUUAUUUUAGGCUACAACGAUUAAUGUGGAAUAUGUCAUGGAAUUCUCUCCUCCUUCGCUUCUCUUCUCCUCCUAAUGCCCCUUGCUACGCGAAGGGAAUAUUCCAGAUUAAAUCCAAUCCCAACAAAAAAUGUAGUGGAAAACCUUCCCAAACAUUUGAUACUCGAUAGAACAUCUCAUAGAACAGAGAAAGUGUAUCGAAGUUAUAUUUGAUUGCUUCUUCAGAUUCGGUGUGCUAAGCAGAUUGGACUGCGAUCCUUGAUAACCUCAAUAAAUCAAUUUGUCCUAAUUUGAGGAA